UUCAUCACCGCCCACCGGGUUUUCGGAGCUAGCAACAUUAUCAAGCUGUUGCAGGAACUUCCUGAGGCACAAAGAGCAGAUGCUGUGAACAGCAUGGUUUACGAAGCGAAUGCUCGACUAAGGGAUCCCAUCUACGGGUGCACGGGCAUGAUUUGCCAUCUACAGAGCCAAGUAAGCGAGCUGCAAGCGGAAGUAGCCAAGGCACAGGCAGAAAUAUUGAACAUGCAAUGCCAGAAUGCUAGUUUGAUUGACCUACUUUGCAAAGGGAUGGCCGGCACACAAAACGUUGAAGAGAACUUGAUAUAUGAUCACAACUCAACCAUCUUUUCUGAUGAACCCAAUGUGGGAGUUUCUUGGGAACAUCUUUGGACAUGAAGGAGCUAGCUACCUGCAAUAAUUAUUACAUGUAUAUCAUGGAGAAUUAAUUAUAGUAUGUUUUUAAAUGAUACAUACCAAGGAAAAAAAGGUAUACCAAGAAAGAAUUAGUCACAUUUUUUUUUUGUAAACUUAUGAUAUUAUUUUAUUAUUUUUGUAACA